AUGUCGACCGUGUUGAUCUUGGGUGGACUGGGUCAGUUGCACUCUGCGCUGUGUCGUUCCGGGCCGGUCGACCGACUAACCAACCGCUGACACGUCUGUGCGACCCAACACCUCCCCUUCCCCACACGUCACCGUUUCGGCCGCCUGCCACGCGAUCGAUCCCGCGCAGGAGGCGAUGGCGCACGACACCUCAUAUCCUACCUCACAAACUCAACAACCAAAGAUAGCAAGAUCCAACCCAAGUUGAUUCGCGUCGUCGACAAGUAUCUCGUUAUCCCUCAGGCCGAGGCCUUCACGUGCUACGUCGACGCCGAGACCCGACACGCGCUCAAGCAGGCCGAUCGGGUCGAGUACAUGCAGGGGAACCUGUUGACAAGUGGUGAGUACACCGCAAGGGAUAUAUAGAAGAAUCUGGCGGGAACUGUGCGAGGUGGGAUGCCGGAUGUAGAUGAUGAUGCGGUGCUGAGACGAGGCUCGUGCACGCUAGUUGCGAAACAUCUGCUUCCGCCUCGUCGCAAGGUGGGGGUGACGUAACAGGCUGCUCGCGGGCAAAGUGAUGUCGUUGCUCUUCAGAUCCAAUUUCCAGCCCAACACGUGUAAGAGAGCAUGUACCAAUGACCAUUCCCGCCCUCCUUUCCUCUCCUCUCCUGCCGCUGCCGUCUUGCCCCACGUGCCUCGUGGUCAGCGAUGCGCACAAGAGCCAUGACCUUGCCGGAAGCCCACGGCGGACCCUCGAAAGGUUUCGACUAUGUGUUCGAUUUCACUGGCGAAGCCGACUUUAGCCUCCCUGGUUCGGUGCGUCAUUCAAGGCCAGGAAACAGCGAAGCUGUUGCAGAUCGCUCGCUGCCCCCACCGAUUUGCGAGCUGAAACCUCCGUCGGAACUUGGUUUUUCGAAUCGCGCACAGGUCCAAGUCGAGCGGACACUUGCACUGGCUUUGGCUCUUGGCCAAUCCGCAGUCGAACACGACGUCGGCGUCUAUGUCCGUUUGCUCGCGACGCAAUACAAGGUCGUCGGCGACAAGAAGGCCAAGGUUGGAGAGGAGGGUUCGAUUGCCGAGCCUUGGGGUGUAAGGGCGGCAUGGUUCCAUGAGGCGGCGAGGGGGCUGGCUUCGAUCAAAGGGUGGGUUGAUUUGGCAAACUGAUCAAGCGGUAUCGGAAUCUCUGACCGACCUCGUGUUCAUCUGAAACAGUCUCAAUCUCGUCCUUGUCCGACCGGCACUCUUCUAUGGCUCAUUCACUGUGACGGGCUGUGAGUCGGGCGACCGUUUCAUAUCAGGAACCACGCCAGAUCUGAUUUCGGUUAGCUUUCCGAAUCCCCAGUGACGCCUCGAAUGCUCAUUGGGGAAGUCUAUCGGUUCCUCGGCGAAAAGCUAGAAUUUCUGUGAGCUGUCCUAAGGCCCGCAGUCCCCCAGUCUUGCGAUGUGCUAAGUGUCGUGCAAGGCUCUACGUAUCCACAGCUGGAAGGAAUCACUACCCCUCAACACGAUAUGGAUCGAAGAUUUUUGUUCCGCGACGAUUGCCAUCGCGGCAUGGGCAUUGUCCCAGGGCUCGGAGCGAUCACUCGCUCUCGCAGGCGAAGAUCUACCCACGACGUUGACGUCGGACGACAUCAUUCAAACGGUGCAAGGGGCAGCCAAGAAAGGCGACAAGGUCAAGGCUGCGGUUUUUACGCUCGCUGAUGAUGGCGAUACGGUUCAGGCCGACAUUGCUAAGCUCAUCGGCGAGACCAUCGGGGUCGAGGCUGGGUUCCACGGGAGCAUCAUCUCAUCCUUCGCCAAGCUCAACAUGGGGGACGUGCUCGAGGACGUCAACGAAAAGGUUAGCACUUGAUCAGAUUAGCUGGGCAGAUGUCUCAUUUCGAAGCUGAACCUUUGUUGCUUCAUCGGGGUUUCAAACUUGUAGCAUCUCGAAGGGUGGAGUGAGCUUUUGCAAGCGUCCAAACCUCCUAUCUCGUCGACGGUGCCAAUCUCGCCCUACGUAGUAAGUUGACCUUGAAGUAAGCAUCUGAGUCUUCUACUUGCCGUCUGAAUGAAUUAACGUGCCUCAUUUGCAGCCCGCCGACCUCCUCGAACCGCACCCCAUCCACUUCUCCAACACCAAGCUCGUCAAGCUUAUCGGAUGGACUCCGACCCAAAAACUCGACUCGGUCGUCCUGCGUGAUACGGUACAGAAAUUCCUCGAGGAACAUAACUGGCCCAAUGCAGAACCCAAGUCGAAGUCGAAGAAGAAGUGA